CAAUUUUCAGGAUUAUUCUCAUAGAAAAGUAACCAAAUUCUCUUUGCUUUCGCUCAAACUAAUCGUUCUUUACUUGUGACAAUAUCUCUAUUCCUUUCUUCUUUCCGAUGACUAAAUCCAUAGCAUUUGUGGUUGAGCCCAUUGUCUCUGAACUCUUUAAGGAGUUGUUUGAGAAAUUGGCAUCUGUGGUUGAGCCUCUGUAAUAUAUGCUCGUUCGUCUUGAAUCUUAUAAUUUGAUUAUCACCGUAUUUGUAGUUUUGAUAAAGGCAAAAGAAGUGAAUAGAUGGAUCUUGUUCAAUCUUCCAACUCCGGAGUCAAAAUCACUAAGACGAUGCAAGUUGAUUCCAAUAAAGGAACCACGAAAUUGGAAUGCAAAAAGAAUGCUCAUGAAUCUGGGACAACGCAAGGAGGUGAUAGGGUUCAACCACUUAAUAACUCCAUUAGCAAAAAGGGAGAUGAAAUCAUUCAAACGAAGCAAGUUGAUCUUACUGAAAAAACUGAACGUGAUCAAUCAGUAUUUAAAGGGAAAGAGAACAAAACGAUUGAGGUGACAAUAGAUGUUAAUGCUCGGUUCAGGCCAUUAAUCAAGGUUGUACAGGAGCGUAAUUGGAUGAUUUUACAAUAUUUGGUAGAUAGCACUCCUGGGGCCUUGACUGAAACUGUUUCAGAAUUUGGGGAUACCAUUUUUCACAUAAUUAAUGUAUCAGAUGCCCCCACUUUGCUUACAAAGAAGCUUGCAUUCAAGAUCACUGCAGAAGAACUUCAAAAUUUGAGAGGAGAUCUUGGCUUAUCCGUUAUGUUCCACGCUACUAUUCUUGGCAAUACAAACGCUGUCAAAGUUUAUUUCCAGAGGCACACAAAAUUUCCAAACAUAAGGAACGGAGAGGGUUAUCUUCCAAUUCAUGAAGCAGCAGAAGCGGGCUACAAGGGAAUAAUUCAAUAUCUUUUGUCAAAAACAACAGUACGUUUGGAUGAUGAUAAAUGUGUUAAACUGAUUAAAGAUCUGAUCAGUUCUGAUCACUAUGGUGCUCUGCGACAAACGAUCUGGCAUGUCCUUAUGCUGCUAGUCCCAGACAUAAAAAACAUUCGCGAUAUAAAGUUGACACAUAUGCAAACCCUUGACAUUGUUAGAAUCUUGUGUCAUGGUAAUGACGUUACGUGGAAUUCCACAGAGGCCCUUAAAACUUUCUGGCCGGCAUUUCCUGAAGCUGCAAAACUUGGGAUUUGCGAGAUUGUCAAUGAAAUUUUGAAUGCUUAUUUCUAUGCUUAUAACUUCCACUACACAGAUAAUAAUUACGGUCUACUUCAUAUGGCAAUUUUACAUCGCCAAGAAAAGAUUUUUAAAAUUGUAAAAGAAAGGAAUCUGUAUCAAUACGAGUGGAAAGCGGCCAAAAAAGUUGGAAAAGCUGACAACCUUUUGCAUUUGGCUGGACAGUAG